UUUUCAAUACGACACUACCAUGGAUGUCUUUUGAUGUGUAACGAGAUUUAUUUGGCGCCCAACUGCACACUGCUUUAGAAUCUCGAAUCUGGAGCUGAGGAACGGGGGACAUUUUUGCUAACUGCGACUUCUUCUUUUGAGUUUUGAACUGUUUCUGCUAUAUAGCUUGAGUUUUGACUUAUGCUCAUCUAGCAAGUCCGUAAGGGAAGCAUUGAUUCUGAUCUUCAGAUAUGGAGAGAUGUGUUUGGUCAAAGUUGAUACUUGUCGCCGUCUUUAUCGCCCAAUCUUUAUCUCCCGUAUUUUGCGGUGAGACGGUUCGUAUCACAGUGCUGACCCUCGGACAAACAGCAAUCGAAACAUCCAAUGAUGUACGGUACCAAUGCGACCGCAGUGUACAACAUCCGGAUGCCACAUUGUCCUUCGGACGGUCUGCGCCCAUAACAACCAGUAUACUACCACCACCACAAGUAAUACACCCUAACAAUCCAAAUUCUUUGAUGAUACGGUUCUCUGAUUAUGGGGAUUAUUGGCAUACAAACGGGUAUGGUCCCUUCUACUGUGAGGCUGCUACGGCUUGUGGAGAUGUAACAAGGAUCACUACAUUCUUCCAGAGAAGUAAUGCUAAGUUCAUACCAAGUAAUGGAGUGUUUACAAAGACAGUCAAUGUGGAUGACACAGGAGUAGUGCUCUCAAUGACUGAUCUAUACCAACCUGAUGCUAGUGGCAAUGUGAUUACAUGGAGGAAAGAUGGUGUUGACGUUCUUACACAAUAUGAGGGACAGACCAAUAUCAGCUUCCCAAACCCAAUCCGGAUAUCAGACCAAGGGAUCUAUGAGAUCUAUUAUGAUGGCGAGAGAGAUCAAAACAGAGGAGGAAUGUACAGACUUAUCGUCAGGGAAUGUCCUGCCGGUAAGUGGGGUCCACCUAAAUGCUAUGGUGUCUGUGAUAACUGUUACAACGGUGGUGUCUGUGAUGAUAAAUCUGGUCUUUGCAUCUGUCCGAACAACUUCAAAGGAAGCAAUUGUUUAGAAAUUUGCAGGGAUGAUGGAGGAAAUAUGUAUGGAAUAAACUGUGAAACUACUUGCUCAUAUCGUAACCUCCCAACUAGCUGUCGUGGCUUUCUGUUUUGUCUACCUGAUCCUUAUGGAUGCUCAUGUGACGUUGGUUCCCAAGGUCUUGCAUGUGACAGUGAUUGUCUAGUUGGUGCAUAUGGCGUAGGAUGCUCACAGACAUGUCACUGUGCAGAUGAAUCAUCCUGUAACUCGUUUAGUGGAAUAUGUACUUCAGGUGGAUGUCAGCCUGGUUGGUCGGGGAACAAUUGUCAAAUUCCUGAUACAUGUAAAGCCGGUUACUAUGGACCUCAAUGUAUUGAUAAAUGUUAUUGCAUGGAUGAUGCAUCAUGUGAUAAAACAACAGGAGCAUGUCCUCAGGGGAAGUGUGCCGUGGGAUACAGCGUACACGAAGGAAACGAUACUUGUCAAGAGGACGAACCUCCACUGUUUGAUUACUGUCCAAUGAGUGUAACCGUCAUUACGGAUCCUGGCAAAGCCACUGCACUCGUGACUUGGCAAGAACCUUCAGUAUCCGACAACUUACCUGAUCCGAUUACCAUUGUGCCAAUCAUAAAUCGAAAUGAUAGCGAAUUUAGUUUAUACCACAGCGGAUCGAUGUUGAAUACCGGGAACGGCAUGGAUUUCGAUAUAGGGAUAUAUAUCGCUAAGUACAACGCAACAGACGGUUCGGAACAAGAGGUCGACACGUGUUCGUUUGAAAUACACGUCAUAGACACUGAGGUACCGGUUAUAACUGGUUGUCCGCCGUCCAUGACUGUACCCACGGAGGAUGGAACAAUUUAUGCUUCUGUGUCGUGGAAUACACCAAACGCAACUGAUAAUUCAAAUGAUGCUAAACUGACUUUUAACGAGGAACACACCUGGAGCAAUUCUGGCUCGUUUCCCAUUGGAAUCAUCUCUCUUUCUUACACAGCUGAAGACCCAUCAGGAAAUAGAGCCACUUGUACUUUCACUAUAUCCGUUAUAGAUGAAGAGGAACCUGCUAUACAUGGCUGCCCACCUUCGAUGUCUGUAUCCAUGGAAACAGGUCGGGAUUACGCUACGGUGUCUUGGAUUGCACCAAAUGUAACGGACAAUUCUAAUAGAGUGACAAUGACAUUCAAUGAAGCCCACGCCUGGACAAAUCCUGACAACUUUCCUGAAGGAAUCACCUCUCUUUCCUACACAGCUGAAGAUGCCGCUGGAAAUAAAGCGACUUGUAUGUUAACAAUAUCAGUUAUAGAUAAAGAGCAACCUGUUAUACAUUACUGCCCACCUUCGAUGUCUGUAUCCAUGGAAACCGGUCGGGAUUACGCUACGGUGUCUUGGAUUGCACCAAUUGUAACGGACAAUUCUAAUAGAGUGACAUUGACAUUCAAUGAAGCCACGGCAUGGACAAAUCCUGACAACUUUCCUGAAGGAAUCACCUCUCUUUCCUAUACAGCUGAAGAUGAUUCUGGAAAUACAGCUACCUGCAUGUUCAGCAUAGCAGUUAUAGAUAAUGAGGAACCUGUUAUAAAUGGCUGCCCACCUUCGAUGUCUGUAUCAAUGGAAAGAGGUCGAGAUUACGCUACGGUGUCUUGGAUUGCACCAGUUGUAACGGACAAUUCUAAUAGCGUCACACUAACAUUCAAUGAAGCCAACACCUGGACAAAUCCUGACAACUUUCCUGAAGGAAUCACCUCUCUUUCCUAUACAGUUGAAGAUGCCGCUGGAAAUACAGCUACCUGUAUGUUCAGCAUAUUAGUUAUAGAUAACGAGGAACCUGUUAUACGUAACUGCCCACCUUCCAAGUCUGUAUCCAUGGAAACGGGUCGAGACUACGCUACGGUGUCUUGGAUUGCACCAAUUGUAACCGACAAUUCUAAUAGGGUAACAAUGACCUUCAAUGAAGCCAACGCCUGGACAAAUCCUGACAACUUUCCUGAAGGAAUGACCUCACUGUCCUAUACAGCUGAAGAUGCCGCUGGAAAUAAAGCGACCUGUAUGUUCAGCAUAGCAGUUAUAGAAUUCACUUCCGCUGGCAACGUGCUUGGUGUGGGUGGAUUGGUUGGAUUAGCUGUAGGAGCCUGUGUUCUUGUUGUCACAUGUUUGCUCUGCUGCAUGAUUGCUUUAAGAACGACUCGCAAGGGCAUGAAGGAUGGGGAGUUAGGAAGAGGUGACCCAGUUCGUCUAUCAUCAUUCCGUGCAAGACGUGAAGGUAAUGCUUUCAGACCUUCUGACAGUGGCUUCUUACGCCCCUACAUAGCCUCAAGUAACUUCCGGUCAGAAUACAUGUAAUGCUCAAGUGUGGUUAUCGUCUUACGAUUUUUUUUUUCUUUUAAAACGUUUCGUGUCUUAAAAUAUCUCCGCCGAUAGAGAAUAUUUAUGUACUGUGACGUCAGACCUUGGUACCUCACUAUAUAUCUACCGUCCAUGUAAUCUGACGUCAUUGAUAAACAGUUAAAUGAUCAAAAUCGCAAGAGUAAGUCUCCAGGCCGCACUGUACCGUGAACCAUGGCACAGGAGGAGCAAGGAAAACGGGAUCUCCGAACGGUAACACGACAUCACCACCUGCUACGGUUUCAAUAUCUGAAAGGGUUAGAAUUAGGAUAAUAGAAAUAUAAUUAUUGGUUGACAAUAACGUAAAGGUAAAACUUGGGGUCUAUUUUACUUUUGGAUGUUAGGUUUUAUGUUUGGCUUAACGUUCAGAUUUUUCACUGGAGCAAAUGUCAUGGAGCCAUCUGAACAUCCUAUGAUGGUUUUAGUACUUUAAAAUGAUAAAUGCAUUAUGUGGUCAGGUCGGCAAUAAACAGACUAAAACAAAAAAUCAACAAUAAACAGACUAAAAGUAGGGGAUGAAAUUUUAACCGAUACUUUGAAAGUGAAUACUCACAUUAAGAAUUUCUAUGCAAACUUAUAUAAAACAGAAGACCCCAAAUUGUUUAAUAACUGUAAGUUUUUGGAGUCAAAUUGUAUACCCAAGUUAUCGCCAAACCAGCGUGACUUAUGCGAGAAAGAAUUAACUCUUUCGGAAUGUACUUCUUCUUUA